AUGGUACCAGCUAAAGAGUUCCUUCCAUUAGAUGAUGAUCUUAUUCCUACAGGAAAAAUAGCAUCAGUAGAAAAUACACCAUAUGAUUUUAGAACAUUGACUCGUAUUGGUGAUCGUAUGAAUGAAUCAUUUGAUGGUUAUGAUCUAAUGUUUAUCAUUGAUGGUAAUGGAAAACGUCCAUUUGGCAAAGUUAUUCAUCAACAAAGUGGUCGAGCAAUAACUAUUGAAUCAACUCAAAAAGGUCUUCAAUUUUAUACAGGAAAUUUUCUUGAUGGUGGUAAAGGACGUAAUAGUGUAGCAUAUAAUAAACAUGGUGGAUUCUGUUUAGAAACUCAAAAUUAUAGUGAUAGCGUUAAUAAUCAACCUUUAUUUUCAAGUAUUAUUCUACGUCCUGAUGAAGAAUAUCAUGAACAAACAACUUUUCAUUUUCAUUUGGAAUAA